UCUUCAAAGCGCCCCGUCCCUCCCCCGCACCCCUCCUUGUUGGUUUGUGAAAAUUUGGGCUCCGCCUCGUGUGUCUUCUGGUUCAGUCAGCUUCUCAUAGGUACCCUGGCCUCUCCUUGUUCCCCAAAACAAAGCUGUAAUAACAUUGGUUGGGCUCUCUGAGCAAAGUGCACGGAGAACGGAGCCUCCUGAGGGCCUUUCCCUUUGUCAGGGACAGAGGCAGCCUGGCCCAGUUCUGACCAUAGGACCAGAGAUUUGGGACUGGGGUGUGUGUGGUCUGGGAGAGUUUUGUCCUCGUUAAAUGAUGUGAGGCGCUGUGGCGCCAUCCAUGACCAUGCGGGGAAGGAAGAGCCUCUUGGAGAAGCGGACUCGGAGCCUUGCUUACAGCCGUUAAGAGGCUAAACUAGCCAAGCCCAGCACCAGAAAUCCCCGUUUCAGCCCUCUCCCUCUCACCACAUCUCCAAGCUUUCCAGUUUACCUCACCUUCCCUCUUCCUUGAAGCCCUUGUCGACUAAAAAAUUAUUCACCACCUAAAAGUUGAGAGUUAUGUUUUAUUCAGCGGGAAGUUUUAGGACUUCAAGCCGGGGAGGCAGCAUCUCAAGUAACCCUGGGAGAACUGCUCCGAGGAGGCGGGGGCAGGUUAUAUAUGAGUUUUGCAAGAAAGGCAGGUAGUCUGAACGUCAGAAGAGGACUGUUAAUUAAAGAAACCCAGAUAUGUCAAGUUGAGGAAUUUCGUGCUUUUCUAGGUAUGGGAAGAUGCGAGAGUCUGGGCUCACUGCCGUCAUAUCUUUGAUAUGCACCUCAGCUAUCUGGGGCCAGGAUCCUGUGUUUUCAUAUCCUGAGUUUCCUCAGGGCUCAGUCUAGGGAGUGGCUGCAGUCUGAUGGCUGCCAGGUGGUAGAUAUUCUUUCCUUCCCGAGUUUCCUCAGGGCUCACAAGCUCACGCUGGAGGGCUGCAAUCGCUGAUGACUGUGACAUCCUUUGUUUACUGAUGUGGCAGGCAAUAUUCCAUUUAUCACCCUUUCCCCACUUGUAUUGAGGUGGCAUUCCUUGGUCCUUUUUUUUUUUUUUUUUUUUGUGGUACGCGGGCCUCUCACUGUUGUGGCCUCUCCCGUUGCGGUGCUCCGGACGCGCAGGCUCAGCGGCCAUGGCUCAUGGGCCCAGCCGCUCCGCGGCAUGUGGGAUCUUCCCGGACCGGGGCACGAACCCGCGUCCCCCGCAUCGGCAGGCAGACUCUCAACCACUGCGCCACCAGGGAAGCCCUCCUUGGUCCUUUCUCAAGAGGCCCCACUCCCGAAUCUCACCGCCACCUGGGGUGAUGGCAGUGCCAUUGGCUCAGCCCUUGGACUCUUCCUCUUUUUCUCUUUAUCCCUGUAAGUGAAGUUAUGGCUUUAAAUUCUGUGUGCUGACUCUCCAAACCACCGUCUCCAGUCCGUUUUUCUGGACACAAGGCUAAGCAGCCGACUACCUCAUAUACAUCCACGCUUGGAUGUCUAAUAACUAUCUCAAAUUGAGCACAUUCAAAAUAGAACUACUGAUCACCACGCCUCAAAAAGCAUUAUCAUUCAUCAGUAUUCCCCAUUUCAGUAAAGGAGGUACCCUGCCCUGGAGGCCCAGGCCUGACCCCCAUUUCUUUCUACCUACUCUACAUUUAAAUCCCAUCACUACCCUCUGCCUCCACUGCUCCUGCUCUGAACUACUGCAAGAGCCUAAGAAGGGAUCUCCCUGUUGCUGCUCUGGAUCCCAAUCAACUCUCCCCACAUUUUGGCGCACGUCUCUAUGAACUGCCCACACCCUACCCCACCCCACGCUUCCUUGUUCCUGCUCACACUGGCCCCUUGAAGUUCUUCUGGCUUUACAAGCUCAUUUUUGCUGCAUGACUUACCUUCCCUGAUCAUUAUAUCUAAACCUGACCCCUGGUCCAAGGCACUCCCAAAUAGGUAAUACUCUGAAGGAAGCAAUACCACAAAUAAGCAUGUAAGGUAGUGUUCAGCUUCACAGCUCUGGUGGAAUUACUGGUCUGGAUGCUUCACUUUACUGCAGUAGUGGCCUCCAGCCAAGAUGACAUCAUGAGCACAGACACGCCGCUGUGUACUGAUGGAGUUCAUCAGUCAGUGUGAGGGCGCGUUGCCGGAAGAUGUGACUCUGUUCCCCCUCACCCUGAGGACAAGGCAGGGCCACCGCACGAUAUAACAACAUGCCGAUCUCCAUGGAUUCCCGAAACACAGAGGACAAAGUAUGGACCAUUGUGUCUCACGAUUUGCAGACACAGACGGCGCUGGUGCGCUACAACCCAGAAAGAUACUCAGCUCAUUUUCAGCACCUCCAUGUGGGCAGGAUGUCACCUGUUUCUGCAAGAUGUCGAGGUUGUGGAACCCCCCAGCCGCGCUGUGAGGCAUGCGGGAUCUUAGUUCCCCAACCAGGGAUCGAACCUGUGCCCCCUGCAAUGGAAGCGCAGGGUCCCAACCACUGGACCGCCAGGGAAGUCCCCUAUCUCUGUUUAUUCUCUAUCUUUUCCUGUCCCUUUCCCUCUCUUUCUCAAGGAAUCACCUCUUCCUCCAUCUGUCUGUCUCCCUUUCUGUUCUCUCUGCCUCAGUUUUGGUUUUCUGUGUUUUGUUUUGUUUUUACCAGCCAUCAGCUGUGCUGCAUGCAGAGCAGGGGCAGUCAAUUCAACGCCAGUCACAAUGGCCCCCGAGCAUAGGAGGCAAGGCUGAAGCUGCCCCACUGCUCUGACUGAGGAGGGCUGGUCGCGGUGUGAAAAUCAGGACCAGGGACCCGCUGCAGUGAGUCCAUGGACCGCAGACCCUGCUGCCCUGGGAUGAGGCCCAGGGCGUCUCCCAGAAUACCUCAUCUCUCAGCCCUCAUCUGCUGGGCAGGGGUUCGUGGGCCACCCCUACAGGGACAGCUGUGGGUCCAGUCCUGAGGUCACCAGAGGAGGCCCCACUGGUCCAACCUGGAAGAAUGGCUGGGGUCUGGCUGUGAGCAACUCAAGCCCAGGAAACUAUGCCCCAGACGUCCGUGGUCUUCUCCAGCGUCCUCGGGCCCAGCUGUAGUGGACAGGUGCAGCCCGGCAUGGGGGAGCGAGGAGGUGGGGUCGGCAGCUCCGGGGACCUCGUCUUCCAAGACGGACGUCUCAUCUCCGGGUCCCUGGAGGCCCUGAUGGAGCACUUGGUCCCCACAGUGGACUAUUACCCCGAUAGGACGUACAUCUUCACGUUUCUCUUGAGCUCCCGGGUCUUCAUCCCCCCUCAUGACCUGCUGGCCCGCGUGGGGCAGAUCUGCCUGGAGCAGAGGCAGCAGCUGGAGGCCGGAUCUGAUAAGGCCAAGCUGAAGUCCUUCUCAGCCAAGAUCGUGCAGCUACUGAAGGAGUGGACAGAGGCCUUCCCCUACGACUUCCAGGACGAGAAGGCCAUGGCCGAACUGAAAGCCAUCACCCACCGGGUCACACAGUGUGACGAGGAGAAUGGCACGGUGAAGAAGGCCAUCGCCCAAAUGACGCAGAGCCUGCUGCUGUCCCUGGCUGCCCGGAGCCAGCUUCAGGAGCUGCGUGAGAAGCUCCGCUCACCGGCCAUGGACAAAGGGCCCAUCCUCAAGGCCAAGCCGCCAGCCGCGCAGAAGGACAUCCUGGGCGUGUGCUGUGACCCCCUGGUGUUGGCCCAGCAGCUGACUCACAUCGAGCUGGAGAGGGUCAGCAGCAUCCACCCUGAGGACCUGAUGCAGAUCGUCAGCCACAUGGACUCCCGGGACAAGCAUAGGUGCCGAGGAGACCUGAUUAAGACCUACAGCCUGGAGGCCUACGACAACUGGUUCAACUGCCUCAGCAUGCUGGUGGCCACCGAGGUGUGCCGGGUGGUGAAGAAGAAGCAUCGGACUCGCAUGCUGGAGUUCUUCAUUGAUGUGGCCCGAGAGUGCUUCAACAUCGGGAACUUCAACUCCAUGAUGGCCAUCAUCUGUGAGUGUGUGGGCCCCAGGGGCUCCCCCUCCAGCACGGUGUGGCCCAUCUCCUCCCGCCCUGACCCUAGCUGUCGCCCCCCUGCAGCUGGCAUGAACCUCAGUCCUGUGGCGAGGCUGAAGAAAACCUGGUCCAAAGUCAAGACGGCCAAGUUCGACGUCUUAGAGCACCACAUGGACCCAUCCAGCAACUUCUGCAACUACCGCACAGCCCUGCAGGGGGCCACACAGAGAUCCCAGAUGGCCAAUAGCAGCCGGGAGAAGAUCGUCAUCCCUGUGUUCAACCUCUUCGUUAAGGACAUCUACUUCCUGCACAAAAUCCACACCAACCACCUGCCCAAUGGACACAUUAACUUCAAGAAAUUUUGGGACAUCUCCAGACAGAUCCAUGAGUUCAUGACAUGGACACAGGUAGAGUGUCCCUUCGAGAAGGACAAGAAGAUUCAGAGUUACCUGCUGACGGCUCCCAUCUACAGCGAGGAAGCUCUCUUCAUCGCCUCCUUCGAAAGUGAAGGUCCCGAGAACCACAUGGAAAAGGACAGCUGGAAGACCCUCAGGACCACUCUCCUUAACAGAGCCUGAAGGCACGGAUGCAGCCUGCAGACGCUGGGAUUAAGCACACCUACGUACUGAGUUUUAAUCUUGAGUGAUAAUGGGCUGAGAUGAGGCCUCACUGGUUGGGGUCCAUUUUGUACAUAACUUUUAUGAAAAAAAAAAGAAGUAAUUAUUUCAUGCAUCAACCUUUGGCACUUAAAGCUUUUUGUUUAUGACAGGGCAGGGCCCUGCUUUGGGGAGGGGUGGGGAAAGAGUAUCAUGGGAAAUGGCAUCCAUGAUAACAUCUUAUUCUAAUGAAAUGUAGAUUUUUAUUUUCUACUUUUGAUUAUUAACAAACAUCUUACAAAAAAAUACUUAAAAAAACCCAACCAAAACCAACGUGAGCCCUGCCUCCUUUCCAGCCAGUGUCUCUGAUGUCGGGGUGAGUGCCUUAGAGGGUUCUGGCAGGCCCGCUCUCGCCUGCAGCCAGUGCCGCUGGAGGCACCGGGGAAGCUCUGCCCUCAAAGCACAGGCCCACAAGGUUCUGGCAAGAAGGGCUCGGGUGGCCCGGAGGUCUCAUUUGCGUACUUCCAGAAGUGAACCUUGAAUACGGGCUUUCCAAAGUUUACAUUUUCAUUUUCCUUUAUCAGGGAUUUAUGGGGGUUGGGGGGAGGGCAGGGGGACACCUGGCAGCAUAUUUUCUGUUGGAAGAUGUCUGGCAAAUUGUUCUUCACCUACAUUUUAGGAAAAGAGAAAAUCUAAAAUAACGUAAGGAGGGAGUCAUGGAAUUCUCCGUUUUCCAGGCUGUAACUUUGACACACUUACUUAGCUGUAAUGAAGCGAAUACAAAGUACAAUUAAGGAUGGGGACGUAUAAAGCCAUCUUGAAACUCAAGUACAAAGUCAAAAGAAGCAACUUACAAAUCAGUAUCCUCCUUCCCUCUGGGUGGGGGAUUGGGCUCCCCUAACGGAAUGUGAAACAUGGAAGGUUAGCCAGGCCAGUACCUGCUGGAGCCCACUCACGUAAAGCUGCCCAACAUUUGGAGGUAUUUUCCACACCCGAACUCGAGGAGUACUCUCCAUUUUCUGACUUCCCGGCCAUGGGACAGUGACAGCCCUGCUCCCUCCAAGGCCAGAAAUGGGCAAUCCAUGCUAACUGUAUCUCCCUCAUGGCGGGGCUGUCAUUCCAUCCAAGCAGAUUUGGAACUACUCACCCUGUUUCUCUCCACAUGGCUGGCUUCCGCCGGAGCCUCCAGCUGGCAGGCCUGGGUAAGGACAGUUAGUUGCUAAUUCCCAAAACUCCUAGGAGAGCCUGGAGAUGUGAAGGCGAGGCCUCAGGGGGAGGUGGCUCCAUGAUCCGCUGCUGAUGUCGCCCUCAGCCCAGGGUGGAGCAAGGAUAUUUACACUGUAUUGUCACAGUGUUUUUGCACUUUCCAGACGUUCUAGAUAGUACAUAUUGUAUAUUGACAGUACAUAUUGCUUUGUUUAUGUAUUUGAGAUAAAGAAAGGUUUAAAACUUGAGAAUAUAUAUUUGGAAUACAAUGUUAGAACCUUUUCUGUCCAUGUGUUAAGGAGCUUUCACAUCAGUGUGCGCUUCACUUGGUCAUCAGUUCUAGUACCGACCUGACACAGUGCUACAUUUGCUACUUUAUUUUCCCAAUUUGACACAUACCCUAUGAUGUUUUGAUAUUUCGAGAUGAACUCUGCGUAUAAAGCUGUACUUUAUAAUAAUAAAGGAUGUCAACUGUUGGUGUGACUGGACGUACUUGCAUCAAUAAAAGAACAUGUUGCUCCUCUCGUGUGCC